AUGAAGGAGAAGAAAGAGAGAAGAGAAAAGAGUUGCUGGUUGUUGAAGCAUGAUUCAACUGAUGUAAAGGAUAAUGAAGAAAAGCCUAGUAAAAAGCGACUCAGAAAAGAACUAAUUAGAUAUGAAAUAUUCUUGCGCCUACGUUUUGUGGCAGUGAUGAUUCUUGCAUCUAAAUUAUCGAAUAUGCAUAAAGCUAACAAUCUUCAGAAGAUACGGAAGACAGAAAGGAAAAAGCUGGCCAAAGUUGGUCUGAAAAAUGCUGAUUCAGUGGCUGGUUGGUUUGUCAAUAAUUUCAUCAUGAGAAAUCGGAAGCGGAAGAGCCAUUUGGAUAUAACCAAUAGGACAUGCACAUUUUUAGCAUCACAAUUGGAAAUCGUUAAUAAAUAUACGCACAUAAAUUACUACAUUAAGAAGGAUUCACAAGUAUUACGCAGCAUUUCAAAGCAUACUACUGCUGAAAAGAAUUAG